AUCUGUGUGACAGCACAAGCCCCGCUCCAGCGUUGCCGCAAUGCUCCUGUCUGUUCUCCAUCGACCAGCUUCCUGCUAAAGGUCUGAAUGUCACAGUGAAGAUAAGACUGGGGAAGCAGAACCUUGUUGAGAAACUAAUGCUAACUGACUGUUCAGACAUCACUGGACCACCUACCUCUGCCCUGUGUUCUCAGUGCAUGACAGCUGGAUGUAGCUGGAGUAAUGAUGCUUGCUCCUGGAAACCUAGGUCUGCCAACUCAGACCCCAUACAGGACGUGUGCAGACUCAGCCAGUCAGGGAUGAACUACUCUGAGCCAGUGAUCUUCUCCAUAAUGCCCAGCGUUCUGUCCUUCCAUGGGAGAAACCACGCCCUGAUGACUGGGAAGAACCUGGAUCACGUGAUCAGGGUUCGCAUCCAAGGGGACAUGAACUGCAGUUCCAAGGAGUCUCCUGUGUGGAACCACACUGGGUCCAGUCUGACGUUCCACAUCCCCAGUGGAGACAAAGGUUCUGUCAGUGUGUGUGCCGUGCUGCCAGACGGUCGCUGUCUGGGCAAGGCCACUGUCACCUAUAGGUCCUCACCGUCCUGCACUGGGCUAACACCAAGCACUACCUGGUAUAGUGGGAAAAGGAGGAUCAUGGUCCUGGGGUCCCAUCUGGAGUUUGUGGAGGGGGUUGUUCAUGACCACGCCCCUCAGACCAUCCGAACCAACUACAGCUCAGGGUCUGUGUGGUACCACACACCUCCUUUUGAACACAUUCACCAGCCAGUCACCUCCACUGUGUCUCUGAGAGUGGCCAAUCAGACACUGGCCUGCUCAUCACAGCUCACCUACCAUCCCGACCCAGAAUUCACCAGGUACACUGCAAUCAAGACAGGAAACAACCUGCGUGUCACCAUUGAGAAAAGGGCUGACAAGUUGGACAUCACCACAGCAGAGAUCUCAGUGUUGGGUGUUCAGGAGGAGAACCAGUAUGUAGAGUGUGUCCUGGACCCCAACGAGACGAGCAACAGGACUGACUCUGUCAUCUGUGAGAUAAAGAACACUCCCAGCACUAACAUCAAGUCACUGAGGAUAAGAGUUGGCACAAUAAACCUUGAUUCAACACACACUGUACUGCCAAGCCUCUUUCUGCUUAUAGCCAUCAUCAUUAUAGUCAUCGUUGUAUUCCUUAUCCUGCUGGGGAUUGCAAUGGCCAACCUUAUUUUUCAAUUCCUUGAGCUGCAUGACUGACAACGUCUGGAAGGAACCUGCAUUAUCUGAGGUCAACAGACUGUCCUUUGAGGCUUUGCAAGUUUGUUGGCAAGGUGGUUGAUCUUACUCCAGUGUAAAUCGCCUUCUCCAUCAUUAUUUUUGGAUCAAAGAUGUCUUAAAUGUUUUGAAAUUGGAGAAAAUAAAAUGUAGUCUACGGUGAACCUCUUGUAAAUUCUACAAAAUGUCAGCCUUCCUGUACUUGCUGUCAUUCCUCCCCACUCAACAGUUAACUGCCUGCACUUGUUUUGCCUGUAAUUUAUAUUGUUUGUAUUAUCCUGACUUAAUAUAAGACUGUGUGCCACUAUCAUAUGUACCUUUUUGUUUUACCAUGUUACCAUAUGUUUUUAUGUAUAA